AUGUCUGCACCUGUCUCCAGCGGUUCGACACCCCAGCGGUCUCUUCCAUCUUCACUUGAGCCGUCGCCUCAUGAAGCUGCCGGGCAAUCAAGUCAUUCACCACGGUCCGGGAACAAGCCAGCUGCUCAUGGCUCUCGUUAUCUAGCUGGCCCGAAGAUAGUCAAAGCGCUCUCGACUUCCAAGCUUGCCAACAGCCUUGGACCAAAGAUGACAACGGAAGACGCCAGUGUCAAAGACUCGUACCCUAUGGACAAGUUGCUGGCCAAACUUUCCGAGCAACAAGCCACUCUGAAGCAGCAGUCCGCCCAGUCCAAGAUCGAAGACGGACGGUGCUCGUCUUUUGCGGAGCACGAGUCUUCCAGUAAUUCACUGCCAAUGACGCCGGCGACUGAUGCCUUUCAAACGACAGCCCCCACAACUCGCCCGGCCAGUGCAACUAUAGACGAGGCCCGGCUCGAUGUGAAUGAGGUUCUCCGCCUCAAGCUGCAACUUGCACAAGCCCAGAACCAGAUAUCGAAACUUGACCAAGAACUCGCGCACUCACGAACCAGCGAACCCGAUUCCACUACUUCGGGCUCAGCUGCCGGCAGACGAUCGGCUCCGGCUUCGCGUGACAGCCCUUGGCCUAUCACGGAGGACUCACAUUCGGAUACCAGCGAUAUGUCUUCGUCUGCAUUUAGCCGAGCAAGAGGAAUUUGGGGUCAGCCAAAACCUUCUUUCAGCAACCAAACUAGCCAGUCCAGUGCUGCAGAUCCUUCGUCCGCAACCUGGCUAGGAGGUCGCGCAGCGCAGCCAUUUCCCGACCCUGGUGUCUCUUUUCCAGUCACGGAUGGCUUCCGAGACCGUAUGACCCAGGAGUCUGACAUGAUUGGCCGCCCUACGAAUAAUCGACGUGGAAGUCGGUACGACAGCCGGGGAGCGGCAUCAGGUUUUGUGUCAUCUCAUGGCCCGAGCGGAAACUAUUUUGACUCCAUGGGCAACACCAUGAGCGGCCCUGCCAUGAACAUGAGCCACCCACAAGCCAAUCCUGCUAUGGUCAUGUAUCCUCAAUACCAACAGGCAGCUGGCACAGCACUGUCUCCGCAUGCAUCCGAGUUUACUUCAAAGGCGGCAUGGAAAAAUGAGAUGACUCUUUCGGAAGGACCUACGUAUCUACCUCCUACCGAGCCACUCAACUAUCGUCGGCUACUCGAUCGCAAUGUCAACUGCAACUAG